ACAUGUAAAGCACACCGCGUCCCGCUGCUGCAGCCUAUCCAGUGGUGUGUGUCUCCCUCUCUCUCUGUGUGUGUGUGAGUGAAUGAUUGUGUGUCUGUCCGCCCGCCCGCCACAGCCAGCGUGUUGUACGUUUCCCCUCCAGCGGCCGUGGGUGCACUUCAGACGGGGACGCAGGUGACUCGUCCGACAUCGACUGUGACACUUCAUGUGCCUGAGAGUCUAACACGCACCCGUCUGUCCAAUGGCUACCUCGGGCUCCACCUCUUCUGCCUCCAUCGCCUCCGCUGUGCCUGAGGGUUUCCACUAUGAAACCAAGUACAUCGUGCUCACCUACCUGGGCAUGCUGCCCGUCGGUAGAUCACACACACUAACCCCAGCUCCAGAAGACGCCCAGAAUGAGAGGGAGAAGACAAGAAUGAUAAAAGAACGGAUAGAGGAAGAGCUGAGGCAACUGGAAGAAGAAAUGGCUGCCUCCUUUUCCAGCGCAGGCUUCGACCGCCGCUCGUCACCAGUGUUCAGUCCAACCAACCCGGAGAGCUUCAUCGAGGACUGCCUCGCUGUGAUGGGAAACCGGGUGGUCAGAGAGCUCGGUACAUCCCUGACGGCAGCCGUGCAAUCGCUCCUCACAGGGCCUGUGGACUAUCAGAGUUUCAGAGAUGCAGCACUGGAGCUUUCCACACACGUACAGGGAGGCUGGAGCAAGGUGUUGGUGCCUCUGGUGCUGCUCCAGGCUUUACAAAGCGAGGGCCAGUCCGUGACAACUCUGCUGCUUCUGGGGAUUCGCCUGCUAGAGGAGGAUGAGUCUGGCUACAUCAUCCAGCAGGGGGGAUGGGGUGAAAUAUUCAGGCUUGGGUCAGAGGAGGAGCGAGGUGUGACCAUCGCCGAAGACAACAACGACAUCUACAUCCUGUCGGGGGACCAGCAUCCCGACCAGCUCAGCCCUCCAUCGUCGCUGCUCUGCCCCGGAGACAACAGCAGCGGGCAGAGCUCCUGGCAGACGGAAAGCUUACCCGUGUCUCUCGCCGGCCACGAGUCCUGGGCACAGGUUGCGAUGGACCCCGAGGACGUGAAGAGCCUGGACAGCAACGACGGCGUAGCACUGGCCGAGGAGCGCAGCGAAAACAACUCGUCAAACUCGGACAUUGUCCACGUGGAGCGCGAGGAGGUGGAGCUGCUGGAGGAAGGCGGAGCAAUCGAUGAGAGCAUGAUAAGCGUUAUAGGCACCGAAAGUGAGCUGGCCGAGCUCCGGGAGGAAUUCAGUAACCAAACUCCACCUGUUUCACUUUCCGCUGAGGUGGACUCCACGACCCCUGCCUCCUUGAUUUCAUUAGAGGAGCCCGUUGUGAUAGAGACGCCUACAAGCUUGUCCGCAGAGCCUUCCCUCAUCUCCUCAGAACCAGAGCUGCCUCCCCCGGUCGUAGAAGCUGCUGCUCCUCCUGCAGAGCCAGAACCUGCAGAACCUUUACCCGUUCCUGCUGCUAAACCAGAGCCUGAGCCAGAACCAGCAGCUGCACCAGUGCCUGCUGAGGUGACACCCCCGCCUGCAGCCAGUGAGACUGCCGAAGUCGCAUCAGAACCAGCUCCCGAACCAGAACAGGAUGCGGCACCAGCUGCAGUGCCUCCCCAGCUAGAGGAGCCAGAGACUGUGGCAGAACCAGCUCUGGUCCCCGUGGCUGCCCCUCUGGUCACGGAGGAAGCAGCAGCCCCUGUAGAAGCCCCAGUGGCCCCUGUAGAAGCCCCAGUGGCCCCUGUAGAAACCCCAGUGGCCCCUGUAGAAGCCCCGGCUGAGGAGCCUCCAGUGCAGCCGGAGCAGCCGUCAGAGCUGUGCACGCUGCUGUACGGAGGCACCGCGCUGGUGGCCCUCGCUGCCAUCGUGGCGUACAGCUUCAUAAGCUACAGGAGGAAGUAGAACAGAGAAGCGUCUUUCUCCGGGGAGAGGAAUGCACAUUAUAAGAUGUUGAAGUAGUAAUUAAUGUAUUAGUAAACACAUGGUGGGACUCUCCUUACAAAUUGUGUUGGAUCUAUCAAAUGAGGCCGAUUUUGUUUUUUUUAUCUUUGAUUUUUGAAGGUUCCACCUCCUCCUCAUCAGGACCUCUCCUCGCUGCUUCACUCCACCAGGCACAAACACAGAGAGGGGAGAAGGAUGCACUCCUACUUGUUUCCUAAUUCGUUCCUUAGUUUAAAUUCGUGAAACUCCAGCGCGUAAUCCUCUUGAUUGCCAAGUGUGACUUUUAUCCCUGAUCUGUUAUUUUCAGUUUCUAUUGGGUCUGCAGCUUCUGUUUGUUUUGGGUAAUUUGACUCAGUGUUGGGCUAAAUGGAAAAUACCACGACCCUAAGUGAAAGAAAAACUUUACAAACAAAGAGUUAAAUUUAUUCUUGCUGAGUUCAGGGUUUUCUAAGCCACAAAGCAGCAUCGACUUAUAACUGUUCCCUCUAACUGUGAUGAGUAAUUCUGAUACUUCCUCUAGUAACAAACCAAAUGUAAGAUACAGAAAGUCAUUGCCAGACAUCUGGAUUGCACAACAGACAUCUUAGUUUAGAUUUGGGUGGUUUCAUCUUGCACAAGGGAUCUGAAUCACUGAUGCAGCAUGUUUUGAUUGUUCGUGAACUGAAACAUAAAAAGGUUUUUGCCCAGGCAUGGGUUCAAGUAUUUUAAUUUCUCCCAAAGUACAAUGCUGCUGCUGCUGCAUUAAACACCUCCGGGUCCAGAGUCAUGUGACGUCCCACAUAAAACAGUGUAAGAUGUUAAUUCUUGAUGCUGAGGGUUUUUCAGAUACAGGAGGGAUGUUUCCACAUUCAAAUACUCGACCUGCU